UCCUCGCUUUUAACGGUUUUAAGGUUAUUUUUCAGUUUCCGGACUAGUUUGGUCAUCCAAUCAGCAAGCGAAUCCUUAGAGGUCAAAGGUAAACAAACCGGAAGAUCAACAUAGCAACAAAGGCAUCAGUUUGGUUGAAGCCCAGCUGGUUUUAGAAAUGUUCUCAGUCCUUUUCUUUUUCCCUGUAAUGAUUCGCUGCUGCAGCUCUGCUUUGUCGCUUCCGGACGUCCCGAACAUCGCCGCUCAAUUCGGCACCAAGACCCGCUACGAGGAGGUGAACCCGCACCUGCUGCGGGAUAUUUUGUCUGUCAAUAAGUCGGUUCUACUAGCUCCUAACAUCGAGGGCUGCUCUCCAGUUCACCUGACCGCGGUCGUCAGGCACGGCAGCCGGUACCCGACCGUCAAAAACGUCCUCGCGAUGCAAAAGCUCAGCGAGUUGGUUCGGAGCCAAACCUCGCAAGACUCCACCGGCUGGAGGCGGGACAUCCUGAAGCGAUGGGAAAUGUGGUACACCGACGACAUGGACGGCCAGCUGGUGCACAAGGGCAGAGAAGACUUACGCCACCUAGCGAGACGUCUGUCUGUGCUGCUGCCAUCCUUGUUGGGGGAGGAGCCAGUGCGUGGGGGGCGUGUUCGCCUGCUGACCAGCUCCAAACAUCGCUGUGUCAGCAGCGUGGAGGCUUUCCAGGAGGGACUUCACCAUCAAGCCAACCUGCCACAUGUACGCUACAGACACCAAGUGGACGAUGAGCUGCUGCGUUCCUUCGAGCGUUGUCGUGGUUACGUGGAGGGCGUGGAGAACAACCAUACAGCGCUGGCAGAGGUCAAGAAGUUCAAACACGGAGAGGAGAUGGAUAGUGUAAGGAAGAAGGUGGCGGAGAGACUUGGCCUUCCUCAGGACAGCUUCACACCAGAUCUGCUCGAGGCAGCGUUUUUCUUGUGCUCCUACGAGCUGGCCAUCAAGUCCGCACACUCGCCCUGGUGCCUACUGUUUGACCAAGCUGACGCAGAGGUGCUGGAGUACAAGUCGGACCUAAAUCAGUACUGGAAGCGUGCGCACGGUCACGCCAUCAACAGCAUGUCCAGCUGCCCGCUCUUUCAUCAUGUCUUCAGGACCCUCGACAAGGCCGGACGACCCCGCAGGUCCACUGAGGCGUCACCCGAGCCCGCCUCCAUCCUGAUUGGCCAUGCAGAGACAAUCCUCCCUCUCCUCUCCCUGCUGGGUCUUUACAAGGAUGAGGCCCCACCCACUGCAGACAACUACCACACACAGCAUGGUCGGAGUUUCCGAACCAGCAGGAUUGUCCCGUACGCCGCCAACGUGCUCUUCGUUCUCUACGACUGCCAGCGAGGACCCCGACUGCAGCUGCUCAUCAACGAGUCUCCGGUUCGAUUCCCAGGGCUGUCGGCAGAGGACGUACCUCUGUACCGUGACGUCCGUGCAACGUACCGCCACCUGCUGGACGGCUGCGACUUCCACAAGGAGUGCCAUGGCACGUCCGGCGGGCGAGGACCCAACACCGAGCUGUGAUUUGGCAAUGAGCCAAUCAUCACGUUGCAGGACCCACUGCUGAAGAAGCAGUUAGGAUGCCAUCUUGGAAUGGCAAGCUACAUUCACAGUCCCGUUAUAAAGCGUUUGUGCGCGAGGGCCAACAGGUGGCGUCAUAAAUGGGCGGGGACUCAAUUUGACAUUAGUUUUGCUUUUGGAAUGGUAAGUGUGACAGAGUGGUUUCACUGAGAAUUGUCUGUUCGUGACUGACAGCGUGAAGACAUUUUCUCUUGAACUCAGAUGUACUUAAAAAAAACAAGUGUUUAUUCCAGCCUGGAAACAUAAUGUCUGACAAGAAGACAUUGGAUCCUUCCAGCCUAAGAGUUUAUAACUUAUGUGAUAUGAUUGACAGUUUUCAUGACUUGUUUACUAAUCAAUAACAUUAAGUUGGAACACACUUAAGGACUUACCAAAAUAAAAGCUCCCCGAAGAAGCUUUGCGUCUGAGGCAAGUUUUUCAGAAUUUUACAACAAGUGCUAAUAUAGUGUCCCCUAAAUAUUGAACGAGCUGACCAUGAGGGCUUUAAAGAAAAAAAGUUGGCACAAAAAAGCUAGCAGUGCAAAGCCUGAUGGCAUCAACAGGAGGGAGUCGGGCGCCUGUGUUUAGUCCAGAGUGGCGUGCAGCAGGGCUCCGUGACCGCCCGCCGUCUUGGAUUUCUUCAUCUUAGCGAUGGCCCUCUGCAGGUCAGAUAUGUGGAUGGGACGAAUGAAAUCCUCUGACGGGCUGAAAGCGACAAAACGAAAAAGGAAGACGUUGCGUAACUCCGAACGUUGCAGUAAUGCGUCCGUUCGGAGGAGUGUGCACUGACCUGUCGUCAUGAAGGUGCACAAAGUCUCGCACGCACAGCAGAGCGGCAUCGCGACACAUCUCUCUCAGGUCGCUUCCUGAGAAGCCCUCCGUUUCCUUGGCCACCUCGGAAAGCUCCACGUCCUCAUCCACCUGCGUGAGUGCAAACGG